AAGUCAAUGUGAUGGUUCAUGAAUGGCGUUGUAUCUUGUGAUGACCAUUCUGCCCAAGCAGGAGCCAUCCUUGCUGUACCUGGAUCCUCUUUAAAUCUCUCACCACUCAUCUUUCUUUUCUCCCUCAACCCCUUCUCAGAAUCCAAAGCCAAUAACAUGGAACUAGAAGCAGGCCAAGUUACCAGAUGGGAAGGCUAUGUUGAUUGGAGGAGCAGGCCUGCUCUUAGAGGCAGCCAUGGAGGCAUGCUUGCAGCCUCCUUCGUUCUGGGUGUGGAGAUUUUGGAAAAUUUGGCGUUUUUGGCCAAUGCCAGCAAUUUGGUAUUGUACUUGAAGCAGUACAUGCACAUGUCACCUUCGAAAUCUGCCAAUAAUGUCACUAAUUUCAUGGGAACCGCCUUCCUCCUUGCACUUCUUGGUGGUUUCUUAUCCGAUGCAUUUUUCACUUCUUAUCAUGUCUACCUGAUAAGUGCACUUAUUGAGUUCCUGGGUUUGAUUGUACUCACCAUACAAGCUCGUUCACCUUCACUAAAGCCACCACAAUGUGAUGAAGGCACCAUAUGUCAGGAAGUUAAUGGUGGAAAAGCAGCAAUGUUGUUUGCUGGCCUCUAUCUGGUGGCUCUUGGAGUUGGAGGAAUCAAAGGAUCAUUGCCAGCACAUGGUGGUGAGCAGUUUGAUGAAAGCACCCCAACUGGAAGAAAGCAGAGAUCAACCUUCUUCAACUACUUUGUGUUCUGCCUAUCAUGUGGUGCCCUUAUUGCUGUUACUCUUGUGGUGUGGGUUGAAGACAACAAAGGAUGGGAAUGGGGUUUUGCAAUAUCUACAAUUACCAUAUUUGUAUCCAUCCCAUUGUUCUUGGCAGGCUCUACUACUUACAGGAACAAGAUCCCUUCAGGAAGCCCCCUCACAACCAUUUCAAAGGUUCUUAUUGCUGCUAUACUGAAUUGCUGCUGCACCAAUAAAAACUCUAGCAAUGCUGUUGUGAAUAUGGUGUCAAGCCCUUCUGAUCCACACUCAGGUAGAAAAGAAUCAGUGGAAGAAACUAACAAAGCAAGCACAUCAGCUGAAACCCCAUCAGAGUCCCUCAAAUUCCUUAAUGGAGCAGCUGCAAACAAGCCAGUAUUUUCGUCAUUAGAAUGCACUGUACAACAAGUUGAAGAUGUCAAGAUAGUAUUGAAGGUACUGCCUGUAUUUGCCUGCACCAUUAUGCUGAACUGUUGCUUGGCUCAGUUGUCCACAUUCUCUGUUGAACAAGCUGCUACAAUGAACACCAAAUUGGGUUCCCUCAAGGUGCCACCGGCUUCUUUACCAGUUUUCCCAGUGCUCUUUAUCAUGAUCCUAGCACCAAUAUAUGACCAUGUUAUUAUCCCUUAUGCUCGGAGAACGACGAAAUCAGAAAUGGGCAUCAGUCAUCUCCAAAGGAUUGGAAUUGGAUUAGUACUCUCUAUAGUUGCCAUGGCUGUGGCUGCUGUUGUUGAAGUGAAAAGGAAAAGGGUGGCCACUCACUCAGGCCUAGUUGAUGAUGCUACCAAACCACUACCUAUCUCAUUCCUUUGGAUUGCUUUUCAGUACUUAUUCCUUGGCUCUGCUGAUCUUUUCACCUUGGCUGGGUUGUUGGAGUUUUUCUUCUCAGAAGCACCAAUAAGGAUGAGAUCUUUGGCCACAUCACUUUCAUGGGCCUCUUUGGCAAUCGGGUACUACCUAAGUUCAGCCAUUGUAUCAAUAGUAAACAGUGUCACUGGUAAAGGCUCCCACAAACCAUGGCUAUCUGGUGCCAACCUUAACCACUAUCACCUAGAGAGGUUCUAUUGGCUCAUGUGUUUGCUGAGUGGGUUGAACUUCCUACAUUACCUGUAUUGGGCGGCUAGGUAUAAAUAUAGAGGGAGAGGUACUGCUAAUGAGUGAAGCAAUUGUGGGAGUUUUUCAAACAGUCUAUAUGUGCACCUUAGUUUAAGGGUUCAUUGGUCAAAGUAUUUCCAAGCCAUUCUUCAAAAGGGCGCAUCAGCAUUUUCCUCCGUAGAGAUAGUAUAGAGAUAUCAUGCACAUACAAGAAUAACAGAAUAGAAAAACAGAAGAAAAAUGAAGUGUCUAACUUCCCUCAUGUGAUUACAACUAUAUUCUAGUUGGAUCAAUAGUGUCAUCUAUAAAUAUUCAAGUAAAAAAUAGUGCAAUUCCUAACUUCUUAUCAUAAAUGUUAUUGAUCCAUUUAGAAUGAGAUUGUUUAACCCGUGAGGUAGGUUCGAUUAUGUAGAUCUUCUAUUUACUAUCAGUGUGAGCAAAUGGUUUUUAUCCAAAUUGUAGCAUUUGGGAUGAUUUGCCUAUCCAUUCAUGCUCUAUUGGCAAUUUGGCAUGCACGGCAAUAUUUGCCCUUAGGUUGAGAUAUUAAGUAAAAGUCAUGUAAUUUUGCGGUCA